UUUCCCGGUGACUUCACUCCGCGAACCCCUCCCUUCCUCCCCAUUCACUCCUGUGCGGUGUUUUACACCGGGAGCCAAAGAUGCGAGUUCACACUGCGACUGGUGCGUCAGUGAGCGGCUCCAGGAGCAGACAGGCUGGGUCCACUCCUCCGUGUGACAUGAGCCGUGCGGCUGCAGCUCUUCACUCUGACCGCUGGCCUGAAACCAGCAUGAUCAUAUCAGUUCACACUCCAGUAUCUCCAGUGGGCAGACAGUGAGGACCAGUAGCCACCAUGCAAUGUGUGUAAGGGACCAGUGGUGGUGUUGUGGGCCCAGGCGGGAUGCUGCUGACAGCCAGUCAGUAUGACCUUGCUGGACUUGUGGCUGUCGCGCUCCAUCCCCAUGUGCCUGCUCCUUCAGAGCCUUGUCCUCAUGGCCCUGUGCUUCCCCUCGGCCAGCAUGUGCCCAAAGGGCUGCAUCUGCCAACGCGACCCCCACCUCCAUGGCCUCAACGUUACCUGCAGUCAGUCCCGCCUCAAAGAGAUCCCCCCCAGCCUCCCGGUUGAUACAGUCCUGCUGAGGCUGGACCACAACCAAAUUGGAGCGGUGCCUGAUCAAACCUUCCAUGGACUUAGGCUUUUGAGGGAGCUCAAUCUUUCAUACAACGCAGUGGAGACUUUAGGCGAAGCAGCCUUCAGUGGCAUAGAGGCGACCUUACAGGUGCUGGACCUCUCCCACAACCGUAUUACUAGCGUACACAAGGAUGCCUUUGCUCGGCUCAAGGCCCGCGUCAUUGUGGACGAUAACCCCUGGCAUUGUGACUGCGCCCUCCAGCAGGCCAUCAGUGGAAUGGCCCACAACCACGAGGCUGCUGCUAGGGUUCUCUGCAGGAGCUCGGAGCUUCUCGACCAGGAGGGAAGACCUUUCAUGGCAGUGGAUACUGACCUCUGUAACCUGGCCAAAAGGACCACAGACUAUGCUAUGCUGGUGACCAUGUUUGGUUGGUUUGCCAUGGUCAUUUCAUAUGUGGUGUAUUAUGUUCGACAGAACCAGGAGGACGCCCGACGCCACCUGGAGUACCUCAAGUCUCUUCCUAGCAAACCCAAGAAACCUGACGAGGCUGACGACAUUAGCACUGUUGUUUGAUAGCUGUCACAGUGACUGAGUCCAUCACAAACCUAAUGACCACCAACAUGUUUAUGUGACAGGACCCCCUUUUAAAGUGUGUUUACUAUUUGUAAUACUAGUGAUGUGAGCAUCAAAUUGCUGAUAAAUCUUUGUAUUUUGGAAAUUUUGUUGUAUGUCCUUAACCAGGGUUUGCUCAUGACUGAUGUGAGAUACGAUGAGAAGGGAGGCCACAGACUAACACUCUAAUACCAACAUUAUCUUUUCUACAGAAAUUGAUUAUGGAGUUUUGAAUAUUUGAAUCUCAGGUUUAAAUAUUGAUAUGAAAAUGGCUCUUUUUAAAUGAAAUUUGGAAUAUAUGAUAAAUAAGAAAUAUAUUUUUAAGAUAAAACAUCCUAUUGUCUAUUUCCCAGAGCCCUGAUUUUGGUAUCUCAGUCCACAGUAAGAUGUAUUUUGAGUUUUUUAAACACUUGCUAAACCAAGUGCAUCUUCAAUUCCCAGAUAAAUCAAACGUAAAUUACAAUAUUUACAAAUUGUAGUUACUACAAAUUAUUUCAGCACUUGAACCCCUAUGUAUUUCAAGGGAGACUAAUUGUCUUUACAUUGUGUUUAUUUAAGACUAUCAAAGCUUUGAAUAUGGGGUGUGUUAAUAUUGGGUAUAAAGUAUUCCAGCUUUCCUUGAGCUGUUAUGACAUCCUUUUGAUUUAGAGAAAUCAAACUUAACACAAUAGAGUGAGGCAUGGUGGAUUUCACUGAAACAUUCAGUGAAUGAUCUCACUAAGUGGCUACAGACAAUUCUGUGGAAGCCACAUUUUGCCAAGAAAGAAACAAAUAAGAAAUUCUGACUUAAAAUCAUUUGAUACAAAGUUAAACUUUUUACUCUUUGGAUGAAACUUGUGAAAUAUUUAAAGCGAGUUUCACAACCAUCCCAACUUUAAAAUAAUCAAUUAUUAUAUUUUGAAAUGGUAUUUGGACCAUGGUGGUGCCAGUGGACCAAGGGCCAGUUGUGACAGCGUACCAUAGAGCUUAGAGUGAACAAACCAGACCAGGGAAAGUAUAGAACAUUCAACUUUUAGAAUCACAAGAAACAGGUCCAGAUCCAUAGUGUAUAAUUCAUGGUGUUUAUUGAUAUAUUUAGAUAGCAGCAUUUUAUACACGAUAGGUUUUUGAAUGGAAUGAUUUAGUAUGUAAUCGUGAAGGAAAAACAUUAAUGAAAUUAUCAAAUCAUAAUAUGAAAGGGUUUGCAUUCAAAUGCGAAUUUCCGUCAUAAUGACAAACUGCCCUUUUUUCUCAUGGUGACAUCAAGAAAAUUACCAUACCAUAAGACACCAUAGUAACAGAUAGUGAGUCCUUGUAAUUGACACCCGUAUUAUCACCCACAAGAACAGUAAUUUGCUUAAGACUAUAAAUACCCUUAAACUUUAGAAAGUUGAUCCUGGCAAACAGCAUCUAGCAAAUGUGACAUUUACAAGUCAGAAGUAUUUUUGUGGAAAUAAUUAUGUACAUUAUGCCCAAGAAAAGGUCAGAUGUGUAUUUAGAUUUGUUCUGAAUGUGAAUUUUUACUGAAACUUUUGUAUUUGCUGGGUAAUUGGACUUAAGCUGAUGGAGACUCUGAAUGGUAAGAGAUGUGAGACAGCAUCAAUAGCAUUUUAAGGGGUUCCAAAAAUCUGUUCCUGGACGAAAUAGGAAGAAAAAUGUUAUAAUAGUGAAAAUAGUGUAAAAAAAAAAACAAUAACAAUAACUCAAGGCCCAAUCACAAACUUUUUCCAAGCUUUUGACUGCAUCCUACAGUCUGUAUCAGUGGUUGUCAAGUUGUCAUCACAUGAGUGUAUGUAAGUUUGAAAGGGUGACAAAAUUAGUCAUAUACCAUUUCUAGUCAGAAAGGAUUGGAUAAUAAGACACCCACACCAGCUGAAAAGGCACAACAGAUGCAUUCUAAUGAGACUCUUACAUGGCUCAGCUAUCUGAACCAGCAUUUAGCACCUUAAGAUCUCUGCUGCUCCUUAAAGACACAACUGCCUAGACUGGGCAUCCUGUGCAGCAGCUAUGGGGAAUGUCACAUUGGUGAAGGACCCUCGACACAAGUCCAAAUGAAUGCAGGAAUCAUCAUUAAACCCAUUUUUGUGAACACUUAAUUCAAAAUGGUCUCAGCAUUGACUGGGAAUGGGUCAACGUCAUCAUCCAAUUACCAGUAGAUGGCUGGAGAAGUAUCAAGGAGGCCAUUUGCAUCCACCAUGAGAGAACAUAUUUGAACAUUCCCAGUGCCCUAGCAAUCCCAUUCAAAUUGGUUGAUUCUGCACCUCACACUUUGUCUAAUGCCAAUGUUCAGGGCCAGUACAGGAAGUAGUAUACCCUUUAUGAUGACAUUCCAUGACAAUAGAGCAAACACAAUCUGCAGAUUAAGACUGAGAUGCAACUGAAUGCUCUGAAAUAGGCUCGUAAUGCUACACAGUUCCUGCAAAGAUUUGCCCGUCCCACACAAAUGUUGUCUGUCCUGAAGGGUCCUGUAGUCUGAAAGGUUCCAUUCUGACCACGACAUGAGUUUUCUGAGAUAACACAUCAGUUUCCAAUCAUGUUUGAUUUCACUAUAGCCAAGAUCAAGAUGUGGUUCUUGUUGUGCACCUUGGAGACAAGUCUCAAAUGGGAGGAGGGAUACAAGGAUAUAAGGGUUCUAUGAAAAGGCAAAUGGGCAAUCAAAAACAAAACAUCAUGGUUUCGACGAGGGUGAAAUUGGGGGCAUUCUGCGAAUUGUUUGCACACAAGUGUUGAAGGCGAGGGCUAAACUCUGGUCCUUGUCUAGCUCCAUCACUCGUGUGUUCUUGUCAGCUAUUUUGUCUACUUUCACAGAUCUUUUAAGCUAUAGUAAUCUUGUAAUCAGAACAUCUUGUCUGAGAUCAGAUGUUUUGUUCGUGGAACCUUGCAGCUACAUGAACACAGUCAGGGACAAGAAACACUUUGUGGUCGGAGCAGCACAGCCACUGUGAGAUUUUCAAAAGCCCGUAGUGUGCACUUUCCCAAAGUCGGCCUUGAGUUGAGAUUAUUUAGUCAAAAAACAAAGUGUCUUAUAUGGUGUAUGUAAGGGUUUUGGUAAUGGUGAAACAAUACCUUUAGAGAGGCUGUGUUGUACUGAACCGUUCCUCCUACAGUUUGUGAAGUCUAUGUUGUUGUCAGUGUCUAUUGUUACAUGUGUGUCUGCACUGAUCAGAAGAAAGCACUAAAUGUCAGAUUCCCUGGACUCUUCUUGUUGGUGUUUUGUGUUUGAGUCGGUCCUUGAGAGUCACAGCUGGACAUUGUUACCAUUUGCUUUCCCAUGACCCCAUUUGUUUCUUACCAGACCCGUUUCAAGGGGAGGACAGAUUUGUCAAAUAUGGAGAUUGCAGACCACACUAUGCAAUCAUCUCAGUCAUCACAUUCCUAUUGCAAGUCAAGCUGCCAAUUCAUGCAUCAUUUCCCUUUAAUAACACUGUGGAUAGUGAUGUUCUCGGCAGCGCAGGAAGAGAAAACUCAUUACUGUCACUGAAGCGCACUAAAGCAUAUACUGUAGGAUCAGGGAAAGACAAUAAAAGUCAUGUGACAGAUAAAACUUACAUGUAAAAGUACAAGAGAUUAGAUUUUCACCAAAAACUUAAAUAGUAUAGUAUUCAUAACUACUACCCACUUUCAAUAACAACCUAAAGAAAUCCUGCACGACAUGUUGGAUAAUGGGUGUCGGUGGUAUCUUGUGAAAUUUCUUUUCAGUUAAUGUUUUAAUUGUUUGUCACAGAUUUGUACAGUAAUGGUUGUUAAAAUAACGUCUUAGAGGGUAUGCAAUGAGAAUAUGUGGUAAGAGAACGCUAGGAUCACAUGUAAAUAGGAACGUUCGUGUUGUGUAAAAUACUUGAAAUCCCUUUAAUUAGUUGUUCUUGAGUGUGCUACACCCCUUAGCGUGGUCUUGUAGAGGCAACUUCAUACUCCUCAAGACAAGAACCGAGUAGUCUAUAAAAUGCAUGUACAAUGUAAUGAAGCACAGUGUAGCCAAGGAUCCGAAAGUAUUUCUAAGUGCCUGAAUACUUAUCUUACCAUUUUAUUUUUUUAUUUUGAUAUUUUAUUAUUUUUCCACCUCCUGGUUUUUGUUCUCAACACUCGUACUUAAGGAUUCUCACUGUUUCAUGUAUCUUUUAAGUUUGGUUUAUUUUGCAAGUUAUAAAAAAAGAAACUAUCACCUGUGUUGAUGCAACAUGUUUUAACUGAAUUCUAAUGUACCAUGUUGCAGUUUUCUGUGCACAGACAGAGUGGUGUGUACGAUAGCCUAAUUCACAGUUGACCCUGACUGUAAUGGAUCUGUUGUAAUGACAUGGCAUAUAGAAGAUGAAAUAAAGACAUUGGUUCGUGGUA